AUGGUAGAAGAGAUGAGAGAGGAGGAACGCCAUUGGCCCAUAUUCUCCUUCUCCCCAGACAGCUCCCACUCUGGCCUGUGCCCAUCCUCCAUGGCCAUCUCCUCAGUUGUCUCCAGACAGUUUGGGGACACCAGCUGUCCUCAACACUACUGUCUGUAUGGUAUAGGGCAGGUUACAGUUAUUACUGACAACUACACAGUAGACCCCCAGGAGUGGACACACGGCAGCACACAACCAGAAAGAAAGGAGCAGGAGGACAGUGUCAUGGACAAGGACGAGGAGUGCUCCAGCGCUAAACAGUUGGAGAAGAAGGAGGCAGAGCUGAAAGCACUGGACACCUUUUUCAAGGAGCAGUUGGUACAACUGGAGAAGAGGAAUUUGGAUCGAUACAAGCAAACCGAGAAACAGUUCCAAGACCAAGCCACAAAAUGCGAAGCUCUUGUAAAAGCGAGGAACACAGAGCCUGUGUGCAUUAACCUGCAGUCCCAGAUCCUCAACUGCUACAAGGAGAACCGGGAGCAGACACUGCAAUGCUCAGACCUGGCCAAAACGUACAUGCAGUGCAUUGACACAGCCAAGAAGAACCUGCUGGUAAACCAUGGAUGAAGAUCAGUGGAGAUGAGCAGUGGAGAAGAGCAGUGGAGAAGAGAAGUGGAAAAGGCUUAAAACUCAUGUCCAUGAACAGUUUUACUGAAGCACAAAGACUGGCAGUUCCAAACGUAUCGUUCGUUCUUAUUUAGGGUAAAGGGCUGCGUUGGUGUUAGUAUCAUGUCUUUUAUACAUUGUUUUAAUCAUUUUAUCGUAAUUUUGAAGUUGCAGUAAGUAGACGCUAUUGUACAUUUUACAGGGUACAAUAGAUGUCUGAAAGAGGACUGACUGACUAAAGAUGUUUUUAAGUUGUAUUUUAA